GCCGCUAGGGGCGGUAAUGCAACUCCGCAUCCAAAGUUUACAGGUCAAAGGUUACUGAACCCACUCAGCAGCGCUCGCCUUACGUUAGGCGACAAUGGCUAAACAUCAUCCAGAUUUGAUCUUUUGCAGAAAACAAGCCGGUGUCGCUAUCGGGCGACUUUGCGAGAAAUGUGAUGGCAAAUGUGUCAUCUGUGAUUCUUACGUGAGGCCCUGCACGCUGGUGCGCAUCUGUGACGAGUGUAACUACGGCUCCUAUCAGGGCCGCUGUGUCAUCUGCGGAGGGCCCGGAGUGUCUGAUGCUUACUACUGUAAAGAGUGCACCAUCCAGGAGAAAGACCGAGAUGGCUGUCCUAAGAUCGUGAAUUUGGGCAGCUCUAAAACGGAUCUGUUUUAUGAACGGAAGAAGUACGGCUUCAAGAAGAGGUGAAGACACCAUGUGGCCAGUUCUUGUUUUUAUUUUUUCUAGGUUUUGUAGAUUUUCUUUAAAACCUCAAGAAACACUUUUUUUGACUUGUCAAUAAAACUUUUGUAUUUCUCCCCUUUUCUUUUAUUCAAUGUUUUAAUAUUCCACAAUAUUCAUGCGUAGGCCUAACAUUCUGUAUUGACCAACAACAUGCUAAAAGUCAUUGGGUUGAUGUUCUACCUUUUAACCAGUUCUGUUUACGGUCUUUGUCAUCUUCCUACACAGAUUAUGUAUUUCAACUACUUUUUCAUCUCCUUGUUUUGAAAUCAUCCACAAUCACUUCAUAGGUUGAAUAUUAUAUUUCCAGAAUUCCUAGCUUUUUUUUGUUGUUUACAAACAUACAAUAACACAAUGCAGCUAUGGAACGAAAAAUAUAAGAAUUUGACACUGGA